CAACGCUCUUCGAACGAAAAUGCGCACAUUUUUGACGCCGCGACUUCUGGUUUUGACAAUUCCAUCUGUCAAGUCAAAUGUUGACAACUUUGAGGUUACGACUUCCAUUGGAAUAUUGUCUGUUGAAGAAAUUCGCGAGAGCUGUGAAUUGAAUUUUUGUGAUCGAAAUCGAAUUACAUAAUACGCAUUCACAAUGUCGCAGGCUCCAGUACGUGUAUCGCCUUUAAUCAAAUUCGGCCGCUGGUCAUUGCUACUAGUCGGCGUUGGCUAUGGUGCUUUCCAUCAAAACAGAUUAUCCAAGAAGGAAGAAAAGGUGCGUGAAAUCGAAGCCCAGCAAAAAGCUGUUCGUGAUGCGAAAUUGGCUGAAGAGAAAAAGCGUGCGGCUCAAGCUGAGGCUCGUGCAUUGGAGGAAUUGUCCAAACCAACUCCAAAGCAUUAAAUCAUUUUUUCCAGUAGGAUUUAUAUUUUAGAUUGUUUCCACCGCAAACGAAAAGCUGCGAUGUAAAUAAAAACGAAAACUCGUAUAACAUCAACUAAA